AAGCAAUGAGGUAAUCGGGGUAAACAGUAAAGAUGGCGACGUCUGUAGCCGGAGAGGGGCAACCGAGUCUUAACGGGAUUACAUGCAACCCACAGACUAAAAAUCUGACCGAUCUGCCAACCGAGUUGCUCGAACACAUCCUGUGCUUCCCUGUCCUCAAACAUGUCGACAUUUGUAACGUUUCCUGCUGCUGCAAGCGGCUACACGACGUUUGCCAUGGAAGGGGAAAGGUCUGGGGACACCAGUACAAACUCAGGUGCUGCGAUUUUCUUGUGGUAUUUUAGAGUUCUGACAGCUCUUCGUUUUUGAUUGCUACCCCCACAGUCACAAAUUUCUUUGAAUUGUUCGUAUGUAUAGCCCUAAAUGUCAUAAUGUGCUCUUGGCGUUGGGUUUGGUUAGUGCGUACUCACCGGCUGUCAGCUGCUAAUAUUAUGCUGAUGCACCAAACUAUCAUCACGUCAGGCCAGCCUCAAGCUCCUGCUCUGCACACAAACCUGAUGCUUGUAGAUUUAAGCAUGCAAAUCUUCCAUAAGUUGCAGCUUAUUCUCCUUUUAAGAGUCAAAAUUGAAUCUGUGUGACCUUGAAUGAUGUUUGAAGCCUGGGAUCUCCAGGAGGGUGCAAAUCCUGCCAAAACCUGAGCCUCAGUCGCGACUUGCUUGGAUGUUAGUCUUCUUGCCUGUUUUUUGUUUGUGAAAAGCUUCGACUGGAGCAGGAUCAUGAAUAGUUGAAGUUAUUGUAGAGGAUAUAGGCAGAGGCAGGUCCAGAAUCAUUGGUUUCAGGUAGGAGCACUGACACAUGAAAGAAAAGCAGUGUUUAUUAGCCCUAUUUAUCUCCACUCAUUAUAUCUACUUUAACCACUAACAUUAAAAUGUAAUAAAAAUGUUAUGCACUAAUGUGUAUACUUGUACCUCAUAUUCAACUCUGUAAAGAAUCUAUAAAGAAGUUGCUAAUCAUAAGUCACACUCUUCAUGAAUGUGCCGCAAAGAAAACUUCCAGCUGUCAAUUACAAUGACCCCCAAAACACCAAACAACAAUUCUUCACUUUAUUUAAAGGGCUUUGAAUUAAUUAAAGGGAUAACACUCACUUAAAUAAAUCAUUUUAAUAAAGUAUUCUUACGUUCAUAAAGAUUUGAGCUCCUAGACUCUUUGGUAACAGGCUGCAGAUCUUACAGAUCACUCAAUUUUUUCCACGCUUUUAUGUAAACGUCUCUUCUUUCAUCAAGUCUUUGGCUUAAAUUUGGAGUAUUUAUCUCACUUUUUGCCCCUUGAGUCGUUAGCCUGUUAACACUCGUUGUUGUUGGACCCUCUCCUUAUCCCUGAGCUUUUCACACACACACAGAUACACACUUCUGCCUCCUCCUGCUCCUAUCCCUGUUCUCCUCCCUCCACCCAGGUCCAUGUUUUGCUGUUAACGAAGAGAUGGAGGGUGUGCUUCAUUUAACUUUCAGGAUGUAAAGGGCACAACACAGCAGGGAGCACAAUAAUCUUUCAGUCUCAAUUAUUGUAUUUUAUGAUCCUGGGGCCAAAACUGUUAUCAGAAGUGAACACUGAUUAAUAACCCAACUCAGCAGACAAGCAAAUAAAGAAUUAUGGUUCAAGAUUUUGGGUUGGCCAAGUGAAGAAGGGGUGGCAACACCCCUGGCCACUUUACUGGAUGUGCUCUUGACUGCAGAAGCUGUUUAUUUUUGUCCUCUUUGACGUGAAACUGAACAGCAUUAUAUUGAAGUGCUGCAGUGCAGCAGAGGUGUCCUGGCAGACCUAUUUUUUCAUCCAGACAGAGAAAACUGUUUGCUGGAAACUCAGAUAAAUGUCACAUCAUCAUCAUUUGUAAAACUAUAUUUCCUCCAGGGACACCUAAUCAUUCCCCUUCAUAUUAUAGGGGUUAAUAACUGUGGGGAUAAUUGCAGUUAUUUGUUAUGUUUUGCUUAAAUAACAUUUUUGCUGCUGUCAUCCACAGAUGGCCAAGGCUGCAGAGGUUUUACCGUCAGAACGAGUGCUGCGACUGGCUCAGAGAAUACAAAACACGCCACAGAGUUGGUAUACAGAUACGAAAGACUGUGGAGUCGAUCUCGAAGAGAUUCUUCACAGAAGUUGUAAGUGAUCCUUGUUUUUUUUCUUAAACAGAUGCGUAAUUUAAGUUGAGAAACAGUGUUUUGUUGUUGUUGUUGUAAAAUAGUCAACCUUUUGUGUGUGUGUACUGGGCGUCCAUCUGUGUGUGUUUGUGGUCUGUGUGUGGGCGCCUGUUUGUGCAGGAAAAUUCAAGCUGUAAGUUUUCCACACUAACCCAGAGAUCUGUAACUCAGCCUUGCGUUGGCCAGGUGCUGGGAGACAGCUUUGCAGAGAUUGAGUCACUUGGGAUGCCGGAGCACUUCUGCGAAGACGAGUUGCUCUUCAUCCUCAACUCGGACAAGAGGUGAGAGCAAUACUGUGCCCUACGGUGAUCCUACAACGGCGUCUCACCCUGAACUUUAAAAUAAUGUGAUCCGGUGUUAAUCUCUUAAUGAUUAUGAAAGCUAGUGCUGUGUCGCCAACCUCUGACUGUUACUGUCUCCUCCUCCGUUUUUAGGAAAAGCCUGACCCUGAAGUACUAUGCAAAGAAAAUCCUUUACUUCCUGAGACAGCAGAACAUCCUGAAGAGUUUGAAGAGCUUCCUGGUGCAGCCGGUGGAGCAGCAGUCUGCCUUAGCAGGUGAGACAUAAAUUUACUGUGAGUCAUCCCAGACCUCAAUUUAUGUUGUAAGCUGUUUGAUCAGUGGACUUUUUCUUAUUUCUGGCUAAGUCAAUGUACAACACUGCUAGAAAUGCCCAUAGGAUCAUGUCCUUACUGAGUUAAUAUGCAGCAGGUUGGUAACCUUCCGGGUAAAUGAAGGCAAUCCAGGGAGGAGAUUGGCCACUCUGUGAGAGACUAUGAGCGUUAAUAGUUAACAGUCUCAGAAUAGUGAGUACAAUCUUAGUGUACAUUACCAUCAGUACACAAUAUAAAGAUUAAAAAACAGACAGAGAUAUCUUUGCGCGAAAGGAACAAAGCUGAAAUCAUCGAGCCUCAGACAGCACUGCGUUAGAAACAGUUAUGACUCUGUAGUGGAAAUCACUGCAUGGGCUCAGAAUCACUCCCAAAAUCGACUAUGUACACAGAUGCAGGUUGAAACUGUACCAUGCAAAGAGGAAACCAUGUAUAAACAGAGUUAAAAAAAAUACAUCUCUGGGUCUGGGCCCAUUUAAUUCAAUCCAAUCCAAUCCACCUUUGUUUUGGUAGCACAUUUUAAAAACAACAAGGUUACCAAGAUGCUGCACAACAGAUAAAAUACUAAAAAAGAUAAAAUAAAGUCAAAAUACAGUAAAUCAAGAGACUAUAAAAGCAUAAAGGAAAAAAAAGAAAAUAAAUCCGAUAAAAAACACAAGGAAAUAUAAAAAUACAAUAAAAGACAGAUUAAAUGAGAAAUUUUCAGACCUCGUCUCCUUGGUUUCCAAGGCUUUGCCUCGUGCUGCGAAAAGAAGAGGUGAUGCAACAAAAUGUUUAGCAGGUUUCUAGAUUCCCACGAGCAAGUAUUGGAUGAUACCCUACUCAAGAGAAAUUAUUUUAAUAAAAUUAUUAACAAAAGUACUUCAAAAGUAUGCUUAAAGUACUUUUGAAGUAUAAAGGAAACAUUGAAAGGGCUCAGGAUAAAUAGCCUGGAAUACUUCACAGGGAAACUCGCAACAAAAUUUCAGGAUGCAUAGGUAGAAAUUAUUUGUCAACCCUAGGAUCCAGGACAUGCAGGUAUGUCCAAAUGAUUCUCCUUUGAAGCUAAGAUCAUUCAUAUUCUGGAUAUAGGUGCAAAUAGAAAUGAAAUGCGAUGGAAAACUGAGCAAAAAUAAUCUAUUCUAGCCAUUUUUCAUAUAAAUAUGGGAUAACAUACAAAUGAAAAAACUCAAAAAAAGCAUUUUGCACUAUGAGAAAGUAAUAUUUUAGACAAGCAGGCAAGUGGGGCUGACUCCAGAUGAGGUCAGGACUGUAUAAUGUGCCAAAUAUGGCGAUUUUCCACCUAACGUACCACGCAUUUUGACUGAUUACUCAAAAAGUUAUGGAAUGCCCAUCCUGAAACUUGCAGGGAUGCUAGUGGACAUGAAAGUCUUUCUUUAGUGUGAAUAUGAAGAAAAUUGAAGGACGCAUGUUUUUUGCUAUUUCCAAUUUAAGUUUUUGGUCUUUUAUAAUUUUUUUCUGGUCCAAUUUGGGAAACAAUGUUAUGAACAAAAAGAUAGAACUUGAAGAGAGCUUUAAAAUGACACCUGAAUCAGCUCUCUAGGUGCUAUACUUCCAGAGAUAUGAACACUUUUGUAACGCAUGUCAUGUUAGUUAGCCAAAAAUUCAUUAGCCCCUAUCUCACUAAUUAGAUGGCUUUGAACAAAAAUAUUUGAGAUCUGACAGUUUCUACUGAAAGCCAAUCACUCCACCAAAUUUCAUCAAAAUCUGUGACAUGAGUGGCGAUUCUUGGUUGAAUUGACAUGGAAUGACCCGGUCCAAGAAAUUCAAAGAAAAGAAACAAUUUUAAGAUGUCAAAAUCUGGAAAAUUGUGAAGAAAUAUUACUGAUAAUUUAGUUAAAAAAUCAGUUAGUUGCAGCUCUAAAAUGUAUACAUCUUUUAAGUUAUUCCAGAAGUAGUAAAAGUGUUAAUAAGGCUAUAAUUUUGUUAUUCGGAUGGUGUUUUUUCUGUGUUUGUGUUUCCUGAACCCAUAAAAGCAGCUUCACAUUAUAAAUUCCCUCCUCUGGUCUCAUCUGCCCCUGAAGGUGCUGUGCUGGUGGAUCAGUAUUGUAACCCUCUGGCUGAUGUAACACUGAGCAGCAUAUCAGCCCAGCUGGAUGAGAUCACAGAGAAAGUGAAGAAGAUGCUGCGAAUCAAGAACCCGUCUCACCCCAGUCUGCGCAUCGCUCAAGGUGUGCUGCAGGAAAACUCCAGAGUGGAGACCUUCUGACCCUUUGUGUUAUGUUUUUUAUGGCCUUUUUUAAAGUUCUCUUCUAGGCGCUGAAAGCCAGAGGGGCUGGCAUUGUAAAAAAAAAAAAGAAAAAAAUCAAUAGUGGUAUAUUUUGGCUGAGAGGGAAAGUUUGGCACCUGUCCUGCCGACACUUUCCCCUGAGGUUUCAUUUCUUUUGUGCGGCACAGGUGACUGUUUCAUCGUAGAGGACUUUGAGCUCCAGAGGCAGGUGGUGUGCGCCCUGAACUCCGUCUUAUACGAGCAACUCCAGUUCAAAGGCAACGAGUUUGACUAUUACAACCCUCUCAACUCCUACAUUCACCAGGUAAGGCUUCUUUAAAUCUCUUGGUUUUUCUGUCUUAUAUUUCAAAUGUCCAUUUACUCUCGGGCUGAAACGAUUCCUCUAGUACCCCGAGUACCACGAUUACAAAUACUGAUCGAGGAAUUUUCGAGUACUCAAGUUCUCGUUUAUAAACUCAAAUCGUCACUGUUUCACACGGAUUAUUUUCAAGGUGACACAACGCGCUUAAAUCACUACAGCAGAAGGAAGAGGAAGCGCAGUUUUGGUUUAGAAAAAUGAAUGAUGAGGGGCUUUUCUUCUGCAGAGCUCCAGUAGCUCACAAGCAGUUCACCUUUUGAGUCAUGGGCGGAGACAGCGCUGCUCUGCACACUCCUCUUCAUGCUAGCUUGCAGCCUAACAUUGCCGGUGUCGCAGAAGUGGCAGGUAACAUAGGAGCUAUUUAGCUUUCAGACACUAAUGUCUCUGGGGACAUGAUAGAAGCAAAUAUCAUAAUUAGCUUUCUUACGAGCAUUGCAAUCCGCUAACGCACACGCUUGUUCCAUGAUUGUCCUAUAUUUCUCUGAGUCUGGUCAUCAUACCGGGGCUCCAGGGGCGGAGCUUGGAUUGGUGAUAUGGGAAAUCUCACUGUAUAUGAGUCUGCCAUUUGGGUCCGAUUUCUCGAGUAAUCGUUAAAAUAUUCCGUAGAAUACUUGAUUACUAAAAUAUUCGAUAGCUGCUGCCCUAAAUUACUCCUUCUUUUCUCUUCAGGUGCUACUUCGCCGUACAGGCAUUCCCAUCAGCCUCUCUGUCCUCUAUAUGACGCUAGCUCGGAAGCUGGGUGUUCAGUUGGAACCCGUCAACUUCCCCAAUCACUUCUUGCUGCGUUGGUGCCAAAAGCCAAGAGGGUAAAGUUUGAAAAUCUCUAAAAAUGUGUCUCUUAAGAGCAAUGCUGUUAGCCUCACACUUCUUCAUGAAAGAGGGAAUAGAAUAGAGCUAACUAUCCUGAACCAGCUGUCACCAUAUCAAAACUUCACCUCAUGAUUCAUCUGGCAAGAAAAUACCACAAUAAUUAUACCUUCACAAUAUUUAGGUGAAACUCAGAAAUGCAACUGAACUGGUCCUGCCACAAAUAUCAAACAUCAUUUUUCUUUCGCUCCUGCAGGAGUGAGGACAUCUAUGACUUUGUCUACAUCGAUGCCUUUGGGAAAGGCAAACAGCUGACAGCUAAGGAGUGCGAGUACCUGAUUGGCCACCAGGUGACAGCAGAUUACUACAGUGCCAUCAACACCACCGAGGUGCUGCUGAGGAUGGUGGGAAACCUGCUGAACAUCGGCAAGAGGGGGUGAGAGAAACUUCCCCCUUUUUUUUUUUGAGCAUUUUUUGUUUGCUUGUUUUUUUUAAAAUCAGGAAUGGAUAAUUAAUUAGAAUUUAUGACCUGUUUGCUGUUAUGAAAUUAGGACAUGAAUGUGCUACUCUUGCUUUCAUGACCUCAUCUGAACUGUGCUGUUACUCUCAGGGAGGGCAAUGAGAAAUCCUACCAGCUGCUAAGAGACUCUCUGGACCUCUACCUCACCAUCAACCCUGAUAAUGUGCAGUACCUGCUGCUGCAGGCUCGCCUCUACUUCCACCUGGGCAUCUGGCCGGAGAAGGUCAGGACACACACACUCGCUUUUUUUGUUACCAAGAUUACAUAACACUCAGAGUUCAGCCCUUUCAUCUAAGCCCUUUGUCUGUUGAUGUUUUCACUCUUAACCAGGUGCUAGACAUCCUGCAGCAUAUCCAGGCCCUGGACCCCUCUCAGCACGGGGCAGUGGGUUACCUUGUGCAGCACACGCUGGAGCACAUCCAGCACAAGAAGCAUCCUGUCACACCUGAGGUGAAGAAGCGAAGUGCCCCAGAACACCUGGAGGUCCAGUAUUCAGUCGGUCUCAUCAUGAAACACAAGAGGUGGGUCAAACUAACAUGCACCACAGUGGUCCUCUUCAUACUGCCACCAUCAUGCCUCUGACCUUUCAUAUUAAAGGCCAGAUGUUAUAGGGACAUAAAUAUCACGCCUUGAACUGCCAUUAUAGAAAGGGCUCCUAUAAACACCCCGCGACACAUGCAGUCCCUCUGAAUGCUCAAGUACAUCUCCCCUGCUCUGUCUCCUCCAUCAGGUCAGGUUACAACUGCGUGAUCUACGGCUGGGACCCAAAGUGCACCAUGAGCCAAGAGUGGAUCACCACUAUGAGGGUGCACCAGCUGUCCAAUGGGGCCAACCAGCCUUUCUACAACGUCCUUGUCCAGGAUGGGACAUGCCGCUACGCAGCUCAGGGUCAGUGCAAACACACCAGCAUGGUGAUAAAGGGGAAGGUGCAAGGUGUUAGGGUGUGUAAUGAAAAUUCUGAGUUGUAUAAUACCAUCCAUGUAUCUGGUUCAGGAGCUUGGGUAGGCUGGAGCCUAUCCCAGAGUAAACUCUGGACAGGUUACCAGCCUAUCACAGGGCUCAUGUGAGCCUGGGCAAGAAUUUAUCAUUGCAGCCCCAAGAAAUGAUCCUAAAAGAAAUCAGGGGAAAAAUUUGGAAACAGAAAGUUGAAUAAUCUCUUGUCAGAGCUGCAAUGUCCACAGUCAAGUCCAUUUACUGCUAAAAUAGUAUCCGCAGGUGGAUAGAUAGUUACGAAGCUAGAAGUUAAUGAGUUACUUAGAAAAAAAAAAAAGGACAAUCAGAGUUGUUCAGGUUCGGGGAAGUAUCUACGAAAGAGGAUAAGGGCCACAUGAAGAGAAAAAAAAUAAUUACAGGAAGGAGAUUGAAGUUGAAAUUUUGAGAUUUAAAAAAAUUGAAUUAUGUUAAUAAAGUCAAAAUUUCAAGAUGAAAAAAUGAAACUCAAGAUUAAAGUCAAAAUUUCGAGAUUAAGAAAAAUAAUAUUUUGAGAUUAGAGUCAAAGUUUCCUCUUUAUCUCAUAAUUUUUUUUUUUUUUAAUCUCGAAAUUUUGACAUUACAGUUGAAAUUUCGAUUUUUUUUUCAUUCGACUUUUUAAAAUUUUGAUUUUAAUCUCAAAAUCCAUAAAAUGCCAAGAUAACUAUAUUAUUGCGAUAUCAUUGUGAUGUUAUCGCCUAACUGAUGAGAAACUUAAGAAGAGGACAGACUGAAGUGGAGCAACACAUUAGUUCAAAAACUUCUAUAAUAAACACCACUAACUUACAUGUCAUUAUUUUUUUAAAUGUUAUUCACACUGAUGUUCUAGUCUCAUCACCGUCCCUGUGACUGAAACUUAUUUGAGAGGAUGUUGCUUCAUAAAACCAUCUGCUUUUGUUUGAAUAUUUUUUCUGUCUUGCCUAUAGAUUGUUUUAUUUCCUUGUGCUUUUAUUUUGAAAUCCAAAACUGUAACUUAAACAACUUCAUAAAAGCAGUUGCAAGAAGAACAAAUAAUGCUUUAUCAUCAGUGUUCAUAUGUCUCACUGAGAGGUAUUGACUCUUUCUGCAUUAGGCCAUCAUCACUACACUGAGGUGAAUCCUGCUGAGUGGUCUCAGGUGGUGCUGCAUCACCCUGUUUUUGGAGUUGAAGAAGUUUCCCACUUAGAGGUCUUCCCUUACAGGCUGACUCCCAUGAUUUAUAGUGCUUACUUGCUCAGUUUGCUGAUACUUGCUUUGUAUUAAAUCCUUUUCUCCCCCCUCACUCUAAAUUAUUUACACAGUCUUGUAUAAGCCUCUCUAAGUAGACUCCUUUCCAUCUUUGUGCCUCAGAGAACCUGGAGCCCCACUCAUCCCCCCUGGAGAUCGGCCACCCUGAAGUGGGACGCUACUUCUCCGAGUUCUCCGACACCCACUACGCUGCCAACGAAGAGCUGCAGACACGAUACCCCGAGGACAUGGAUGAGACUCUGGGCACGGUGCAGGAGCUUUACCACAGACUCACACCUGGCUCUGUGAACCAGGACCAGGCUGCAGCCUCAGACCAAAACAACCACCAAGCCAUGCCCAUGUAGCAAAACAGCUGUGUCCGACACUUGACUAACAAAUCACCCACUGGUCGCCCGUUCUCAAUUUACAUUCCACUUAACUGUUGUUUUGUUGCAGACGCUAAGGAUCAGUAGAUGUUCAGAGGAGUGGUCUUUGUAAAAUCUGCCAGGAAACAGUAUUAUUUAAGAAACUACGAAAAAAUAUGGGUUUGUGCAGCAGUGCAGGUCUGGGAGGGUUCAUUUUAGUGUCUUUAUUUCUAGAAAAGCCUGGAAAAAUUCAGAAAUGUUGCUUCUGUUCAGAUCCGCAUGCUCAGUACCAAAUUGAACAGUCUAUAGAGAGCCUAUGUACAUAAUUUGAGCUGGCGUGCAGGAUGCUGGGUCUUCAAAAUCCAGUGUGGAAGCUGAGUUUGGAAACUCAAAAUGAGGAAAAUCAAAAUAUACUUGAAUUAAACAGUUAAGUGGAGGUGUAGGUUUAGGAUGAGUGUCCAGGUGCUGUAAAUCUCCCUUUACCUAAAACUAAGGAAUGAUCCUUUACCCAUAAUACCCCUCACACAGCACCAGUCUAACAAAUCCCCAGCAUUUAGUCCAAACCCCCUUAAUUACAGUUACAGUGCCACAUAAGAGACUAGGAGGAAAAACUUUGUAAAUCUGACUUUUAAUUCCCCAUCUUUUAAUCAAAUUUCAUGCACUUCUGAAAGUUCAGCUUUCACAUUUCUAGAUAAUCUUGAUUUUUUUUUUCUCUGUAUAUUUACAAGUGAAACAUGUAGGAUGUCAAAGCUCAUCAGUGUUGUUGAGCUCUUCAUGGAAACACAAAAGAAGAAGAACACCACUGACUUGACAACGAAAAGGAGUGGGCUUCAAGGAAAUCACAAAAAAAAAUAAAGUGUUUCAAGUUUUUCUUUUAAGCUUCUCU